AUGGAUUUAUUCGAUCAAUGCUGGGGCAACAAUGACAAUAGAAGUUACCAAGAAUAUAGCAUGCAGCAACAGCCAAGUUCAUUCAUUCCCCAAGGUGGACUCGUUCAAGCCUCACAGCAACCUAUGCUGCAGAUCGAUGAUGCCAUUCAGUCCCUUCAGCUAUCUUCGCCAUUCCCUGUAUCGCCCAGUAUGAACAAGAGACGAUACUCUAUGGAUCUUUGGUCGCCCUAUCUAUCACCCAUCAUUACCACCACUCGUACACAUACAACCAAGAGAAACAAGCGACCUUCGACCUACUCUCGAUGGACAGCAGAGGAAGAUGAACUGUUGAAGCAGGCUGUUCAGCUGCACGGUCCACACAAGUGGUCAUUGAUCGCUGCUCAUGUGCCUAAUCGCACCCCUAUGCAGUGCUCCACACGGUGGCUGGGUGCUCUCAAUCCCAAUAUUCACAAAGGAAGAUGGACAGAAGAGGAAGACGCGAUUCUGCGAUACUCUGUACUCGAGUAUGCCAAUAUGACGGAUGCUGAAGGACGUAUUCAACCUAUCCCGUGGAAUAAAAUUGCGGAAAGAAUACCGAACCGAACUGGUAUUCAAUGUCAAGCACGCUGGACAGAGGCACUGGAUCCUUAUGUGAGAAAGGGAAAAUGGGCGGCAGAAGAGGAUGCUCUGUUGAGAAUGGGUGUUGAGAAUUUUGGUCGAUGCUGGAUUCGGAUUGCAGAGACCAUUCCAGGUCGAACUCAGAGACAAUGCCGUACACGUUGGAUGCAAAUCAAAUGUAAAGAAGAUCGCAAACCUAAUAAUAAAAAGCCAACUACUAAAAAGUCAGUACCUGAAGCAUCAGCUGUGGAUGACGCUUCGAGUUAUUUGUCUACAGACGAUGAUGAAGAACAUCAUCAGAAUAAUCAAUCACAGUCUUCCAGACAACAGGAACAACCACUUCAGUUACCCUUUUUUGUUGUUGAUGAUUUUGAUACCCAACUUCAAAUUGAUCCUGCAGAUAAUUCAAAUGUAUUGGAUUUAUUUAAAGAAGAUGAUUUCCUUUUAGCUGCAGAUUGGUCUAAUGCCCUAAGUCAAAAUUCUUUUUUAUAA